UGCAGAGGUGCGCCACCUGUCCGGGGAGCCGGACUUCCGCGACGUGACGCUGCGCUGGGAGUACCCGCGCCUACCGCUCGACCUGCAGGAGUUCCACGUCCGCUACUGCGAGCUGCAGGCCUGGGGCCCGCACCGCUGCCGCACCAAGGUGGUGCCGUGGGCGUCAGGGCGCGACGCGCUGCUGGCGGAGGGGGCGGGGGCGGCGCCGGUGCGCGUGUUCGCCGUGGACGUGGGCGGGCUGCGCAUGGCCACCAACUACACCUUCGCCGUGCAGCCCGUGGAGGGCCGGCGCGCCCGCGCGCCCGCCCUCUCCUCCGCCCCCGCCCCCGCCGCGCCGCUGCAGCCCCGGAGGAUCGUCGUCCCCACCAAGGG